CGGGAAUCUGUGCGCAUAUCGGUGGGCAUCAGCCACCCACUUGCGGGCGAACCAUUCUGAGACUCUGCUCGAAACAAUCGAUUAACCUUUGCGAAUCGUACCCCUUCCAUUCCUCGGAUCGCUGGUGCCGCUCCUUCGAUCGCCCUGCUCGGCCUGCAUUCCUCUGACGUCGCCAGCAUCCACCGGUUCAUGCUGCGUCCACCAUGCCCAUUCGAGCCAAAAGGCAUCCAGCCUCAACUGCAGCUCAUGCACGAUACUUCAAGAAGAGUCGUAAUGUCGUGGUCGACAUAGAGAAACAGCCCGCCCGGCCAAAACAACAUUAUCGUCAAUAUAGCCAGAGCUCAUAUGAUUCUGAUAUCGAUACCGAAAAUGAGACCAGCAGGUCGUCGUCCACUUCUUCGCAUCGCCCUAUGCUGAACGAUGCGCCGGCGCGCCGACCGCUUCGCACUGGGUUUGGCUACCGCGUUCCCCACCGAGUCAUGCGGUGGCUGUGCAUGGGCCUGCUGUCGUUCCUGGUGCUUUUCAUCAUCGUCCUGUUCCGGUUUACGUUCCUAUCCACGGUCAGCCGGGUCGAUGUCCCGCUCCCCAAGCCGAGUUCGAAGCCGCCUACCUGGGAGAGCUUCCCGUUCCUCAAGCGCUACCAUGGUGGUAUCCGGACAUUGGUCGCGCGAGCCGAAAAUGUGCCCGAGUAUCCCAACGACAGCUGGGAGUUGAUGGAGCCUGGCGAUGCUGGUUCUCACAACGAUACCAGCAAUGCAAAACGCGACCAGACCGUACCAUUCUCAAGCUCGGUCUUCAACCCGUAUCCCGACUACGCUUCCCCCGAGUACAUUGCGAAGUAUGGCGAGAAGCGCGAAUGCUUUCUUGACGAGGAUGGGUCCAUGCGGAUACCUUCGGUUCAUCACUAUCCCGGUGUGCCCCGCGGAUUUCCUGAAGCCGUCAUAGGGUCGAAUGAAUUGCUUGGCCUCAAGGAUGAUGUUUGUUUCGACCGCUUCGGUCGCCUAGGACCAUAUGGCAUGGGAUACAGUGUUCGAAAGGGGGGAAUCGGUGCGGGCCUCGAAGGCGAACGCGAGGGUGCUGAACGUGUCUGGGAGGAUUUUCCGCCAGUCGAUUUUCGCAAAGUGGAUUGGGCUGCUGCUCAGAAUCGAUGCUUGGCCGCCAACAGUCAUCGCUUCGGGAAGCUGCCUUCACCGCGUCUCAAUCGCUUCGUCUCCAUGCCGGUCGGGGUUCCACCCUUAGAUGAUGCCUCGGAUGACGCGGCAACUGCUGCAGGCUCACCGACAAGCGACCAACCGGAACAAGCAGAAAAUAAAAAGUGGCCUCGGACUGCGUUUGUUCUACGCACCUGGCACGACUAUCACUAUGGUCCUGAUGAUAUUCUCUACCUGCGCUCGCUGAUUUCGGAAUUAGCUCUGCAGUCCGGUGGCGAGUUCACAAUCCACUUCUUAGUCCAUGUCAAAGAUGAGAAUCUCCAGAUAUGGGCCGACGAUGAGACAUACGAGCGUGUUCUCACAGAAGCCCUGCCGGCCGAGUUCCGUGGAAUGGCCACGCUGUGGUCUGAACGACAGAUGGCGCUCAUGUACCCCGGUCUGGAAGAGACGUGGGCUAGCGGGCUCUCUGUCCAUGGAGUCUAUCGCAGCUCCCACUUACCAAUGCAGUACUUCGCAUACCAGCACCCGGAGUAUGACUACUACUGGAAUUGGGAAAUGGACGCCCGGUAUACUGGACACUGGUAUCACCUUUUUGACAAGGUCGUCAAUUGGGCCCGCGAACAGCCCCGCAAGGGCCUCUGGGAACGCAACGCGCGCUUCUACGUUCCAUCCGUGCAGGGAACGUGGGAAGACUUCCGACAGAUGGUGCGUGUGCAGACCGAGAUUGGGACCAACAGUCCGAACAACAUGUGGAGCCCAUCCAAAGCCGGCCAAGAUAAAUCAGCAACCGAGAAGACCGCCCUCCACCAGCAGGGCGACAAAUCCGUCUGGGGCCCCGAACGGCCCGUCGCCGAGCAGGACAUCCUCGAGGUUGAGGGCGAAGGCAUUCCGCCGACCACGAUGGAAAAAGACCGCUACGAAUGGGGCGUGGGGGAGGAAGCCGACCUGAUCGUGUUCAACCCGCUCUUCGACCCCGAGGGCACCACCUGGGGCCUCCGCGACGACGUGACCGGCUACGACAGGUCUUCGGGCGACAUGCCCCCGCGCCGCGCCGCCAUCAUUACCGCCUCCCGUCUCUCCCACAAGCUGCUGCACACCAUGCACCGCGAGACCGUCCUCAAGCGCCACACCAUGUUCUCCGAGAUGUGGCCCGCCUCCACGGCCCUGCACCACGGCUUCAAGGCCGUCUCCGUCCCGCACGCCAUCUACCUCGACCGCCGCUGGCCCACCAAGUACCUGGACUCUGUCUUCAACGCCGGCCGCAACGGCGCCGCCGGCGGCGCCCGCACCUCCGUCUUCGGCGACCGCGAGCACAACUUCCGCGGCACCACCUGGUUCUACUCGGCGGGCUUCGCGCCGAAUCUCUGGCGCCGCUGGCUGGGCUUCAAGGUCGAUAACGACGGCGGUGAGCAGGAGGAGUUGGCCGGUGAGGGCCGCAUGUGUCUGCCCCCGAUGCUGUUGCAUCCUAUCAAGGAUGUGGAGAUGAUUAUUGAUGAUGGUGAACAAGCGAGAGAUUAAGUGGUCGAAGCAGCAAUUGAAAAAAGAAAAGAACCGGAGGGGGCAAGAGAGAGGGGAUAUGAUCUACGGACUUUUUCUGCGUAUGACUGACUCGUUCAUCUUCUUGCUCCAUGUGAUUCAGCGACGUUAUGUGUUAUGGUUUUAAUUGUAUCUAUAUGAUUGAUGUAUUGAUGAAACUUUUUCUGGCGAUUUGGGAGUUAGC